AUGUUUACAUCAAGGAAAAUUGAUUUAUUUGAGAACAUUAAUGACUCUGGAAAUUUAACUAACACUGACCAAGACGUAUUUUUAUCAAAAGAAUCAACUAUGUCACUUCAUUGUGCUUUACAAAAAUUCACAAUUAACGAAAUUUCUUCAAUUUGUAACACCAAAGAAUGUAGAGAGGAGAUGAAGUUAUGUGAAUUAGUUGGAGAUUGCAUUGAAGAAUUAAAUGAGUGCAAUCCAAUUAGUAGAGAAUUAAUUGAAAAUUGUUUCAUAACCCCAGAGCUUCUUCACCCUCAAAUUGUUCAAAAUAUUGCAUUCUGUGGAAUGACAACAAGAAUUGACGCAUGUUCCCUUCUUGAAAGAGGUUCCAGUGUUAAUAAAGAGAUUUAA